AUGCUCCGACCGGCGACACCCUUGACCGUGCUGCUUGGGGUUGCCUUUGCUUUGCUGCUCAUCUCCGUCUUGUCAGCUCCCGUCAUCUCGGCCAUUCCCCUCGGCACUUUUCAAGAUGUCCAGUUUGGCGUCUUUGGCUUUUGCCGGCCCUCGGGCUGCAGCAGCGUUGGCAUUGGCUAUGACAUUGCGAGCGUCAUCGCCGACACAAAGAGUUCGUCGUUCGAUCUGCCCAGUGGUGUCCGCCAUACGCUCACUUCUAUCCUGAUUCUUCACCCCGUGGCCGCCUUUCUCACCCUGGUCAUGCUUCUCAUGGCCGUUGCUGCCCACUUCCGCGCCGCUUCGCACUCGUCGAGGUAUCUGCUCUUCUUCCUUAUCUUCAACCUCAUCACGCUGCUCGUGUGUGUUGCUGCUUUCGUCAUCGACGUCCUACUCUUCAUCCCUCACAUGGCGUGGGGCACUUACAUUGUCCUCGCUGCCACCGUUCUGGUUUUCCUCAGCCUUCUAAUCUCUUGCGCCAUGCGACGCACUCUGGUGAGCAGAAAAGACCGAAAGAGGAGGAUUGCGGAGAAUGCCGAGAUGAGUGGAGAAAACUACUACAAUCGAGAAAAUCAGGCGCCGAAAGCCAGUUUUACCAUGACAGCCCAGCCUGCGGUGCCUGUCGUCAGUGGUGGGAGCGGCACCGAAGCCAGCCUGCCUGCGUUCGCUACGUACGAGACCCCGAGAGACGACCAAGUAAGCGACGAGCGCAUUCCCCUGACGCAGCGAACCACGUCCGAAAGAUCACCCCAGGGAAGGCAGCUCGCGCCCGCCGAUAUGGCAGCCGUUGCAGGCAGCGAGAUUGGCAGCGCUUACAGCGGGCCGCAGAGGUCCGCAUCUCAGGACUCAUAUGGCAACUACGGCAAUGUGCCACCCAAUAACUACGGACCAGCUGGCCAGCCGUACGAUGGUCGCAUGAAUCGAGUUCCCGUCAGGAGAGAGACGGACCCCGUAAAUGGCUACGGCGCCGGCGGUCGUGGCGGUUAUGGACCCCCCACAAGAGGACGGGGCGGCUAUGGCCCUCCCGGCCGGGGUGGAUACGGCCCGCGAGGUGGACGAGGAGGAUACGGACCGCCACCUCGCGCGGGCUACGGGGGCCCCUAUUAUCACAUGCCCAGGGGCGGAGGACGUGGUCCUUCGCCGAUGAACCAACCUAAUGAUGGCGUGGCCGGCCAAUACAACAGAAUGCCGUCGCCAUCGCAGCAAGGCUAUGCUGGAGCGCCACAGCAGCCGCUACAGUCAGAUGUCCCCAUGAACCCGAACUCGUCCGGCGGCACCGCUAGCAACACAUAUGUGCCUUACCGCCCAAAUAUCGAUCUACCCAGGGCCGAGUCCCCCCCACCGCUGCCGGAACCUACCGAAUCCGCGGUCUCAUCCGUAGCGCACGCCGUUGAGAUGGACGCAACGCCGGCUGCCGGCGCAAGCGGUAACAAUGGCCAGUUCGGCAACCUGAGAGAUAGCGACACAGACGUUGCAGGAAUGGUUCAUCUCCAGCAGGGCCAGCAGCCCUUAGCCACGCAGAGAGACACGUUUGCCAGCGACGGGAGCAGGUACUCUCAAGACGAACAAUAUGCCCCAUCACGCGCCCAGUGGAACCAAGAGACUGGGAGAAGCUCACCUCGGGUACCCGUAGUAAACUCCCCCCGCGGACCUACCCCGACUAUGUCUGGCACGACUGCGCCAGUGGUCGAUGCGAAGGGCAAGGGCGACUACUACGAAGACGUCGAUCCUCGUUUUGACCAGACAGUAUAUACGCCCCCGCGUCGCCAGACUCCUCCACCGCCGCUGCAGCUCAACGCGGUCGACUACGAAGAUAUUCGAGGGCCUGCUAGCGGCACCCGCAGUCCCGCCGAGUCGGAACACUCCAACUUUACCUCCAUCUCGCAACGUGGAAUCAACCCACAAUGGAGCCCGCAACCCCCAAUGCCCCAACGUCGACCAGUGCAGCAGCGCCACGACAUGAUUUUGGACAAUCCCGACUUCAAGCUCCCGGGAGGUCGAGCGACAGCGGCGGGGAAGCACAGAGGACCAGGAAUGAUGCCUUAG